AUGGAUCCUUGUCCUUUCAUCCGUCUUACGAUCGGGAAUCUAGCUCUGAAAGUUCCUCUAGCAGCGAAAACGACGAGCUCCGUCGUGCAUCCGUCGUCUUCUCCUUGCUUCUGUAAGAUCAAACUGAAAAACUUCCCACCGCAAACCGCCGCUAUCCCGUACAUUCCCUUGGAAACCACACAGUUCCCGGAGAUCCAAACCCUAGCCGCCACGUUCCACCUCAGCAACUCCGAUAUCGAACGCCUGGCGUCCAGAUCCAUCUUCGCUUCCAAGCCAUGUCUUAAGAUCUUCAUCUACACAGGAAGAGCCGGCGCUGCGUGCGGGGUACACUCCGGCCGACUCCUCGCGAAGGUAUCCGUGCCGUUGGACCUAGCCGGUACGCAAUCGAAGCCGUGCGUCUUCCACAACGGCUGGAUAGCGGUCGGAAAAGGAGCUGGGAAAGCGUCGUCGGCUCAAUUCCACCUGAAUGUGAAGGCGGAGCCUGAUCCUAGGUUCGUUUUCCAGUUCGACGGCGAGCCGGAAUGUAGUCCUCAAGUAGUCCAGAUUCAAGGCAAUAUCCGGCAGCCGGUUUUCUCAUGCAAAUUCAGUUGCCGAAACACCGGCGAUCGCACCAUGAGAUCAAGAUCGUUGCCGCCUGAGACGAGCGUUCCACGGAGCUGGCUAAACACGUUCGGGAGCGAGAGAGAGCGUCCCGGUAAAGAGAGAAAAGGAUGGUCAAUAACGGUCCACGAUUUGUCCGGUUCACCAGUGGCCAUGGCGUCGAUUGUAACUCCAUUCGUUGCAUCUCCCGGAACCGAUCGUGUGAGCCGGUCAAACCCCGGUUCGUGGCUCAUCCUCCGUCCCGGAGAUGGCACAUGGAAACCUUGGGGCCGACUAGAGGCGUGGCGGGAACGCGGCGGAGCCACCGACGGACUCGGUUACAGAUUCGAACUUAUCCCAGACGGAUCCAGCGGCGCGGGAAUCGUGCUUGCGGAGUCAACGAUAAGUUCUCACAGAGGAGGGAAGUUCUCGAUCGAAUUGGGAUCGUCAUCGUCGUCGUCGCCAACAGGUGGCGUGAACAGAUCGAGAAGCCGCGGUGGAGGUAGCGGUAGUGGAAGUGGAGCGUCGCCGGCGAAUAGUCCGAGAGGGAGUGGAGAUUACGGUUACGGAUUGUGGCCGUGGAGCGUGUACAAAGGGUUUGUGAUGUCAGCGAGUGUGGAAGGAGAAGGGAAAUGCAGUAAGCCUUGUGUAGAGGUGAGUGUGCAACACGUUAGCUGUAUGGAGGAUGCGGCUUCUUACGUGGCGCUCUCUGCAGCCAUUGAUCUUAGUAUGGAUGCUUGCAGGUUGUUUAAUCAACGGAUGAGGAAAGAGCUUUGCCAACAUGGUGAGUCACUCGGCUGA